AUGCCUUUAGAAGCGCUCAGCUUACCGUCAAGUCAAGAGAAUUUAGUUCGGAUUUCUUUCUGCAUCGUCGUCCGGUCGCCAAAUCCGAUUAGCCAAUCCAACUCUGAUGUUGAGAGAGCACUCCUAAGAUCCGAGAAGAUUUUGAGAGAUGAGGGAAGAUAUGGUGCUAGCCGGUUUCGCAAGGUGAAUAUCCAUGACGAUCGGACCUACAGUCUAGAAGAGUCCAUGGCAUUUACAAUUGUCCAAGGCAGUAAUCCAGACCAAAAAUGGAACGGUACCAUCACCCCAUCAGCCCACGUUAACCCAACAAGACUUGAUCUGACUAUUCCGGCUGUGGCAGCAAUUAUCUUAACCGACCAUGGUCGACCAUCGACAUACCAGCAUGGUAUUCCGUCGAGCACGUACGAUGAGAACGGACGGCCAGCAACAACGCUGCCAAUUGUGCCUUAUGAUAUGCCCCCGAACUCUAGUAGGAAAACGUCUAUAAAUGAACAAAGCACAGACAGCUUCAGUUACUUUGAUCCGUUCCAUCCACUCAAGAAGGUAGCUCUUUUCGACGAGACUGACUUUCAACUCGCCAGUCAAGACCCAUUCUUCCUUCUGUCCUCGAUACUGAGAACGUCAUUCCUGUCAUGGACACAGCUCUUGAAAGUGCUCGCCAACACUGUAGCUAGAUGUCAUGACAAGCUCACACUCCCUCAGAGCCAACUUCACUACUACUUAUCGCAGCUCAGAUCCUGCAUUGCCAUGGUCAAUCAUAUCAAGGAGGUGUUGUUGGAGAACCAGGACAUCAUAAGAAAUGGCGGUCAUUCCAAGUGGCCAAAGGCAUCGACAGAGCAGACUCGACUACGGAAACAACAGUUGCAAAGUCAGCUUGUAGCUGAUCAUGAAUGUCUACUCAGUCGCUGUGAUCACUUGCUCGAUGGAUGUGAGUCUACGACUACAGCGCUACUUGGGUUUGCCCAGCUCAUGGCCUCAGAACGGAGCAUAUCGCAGGCAAAGGAAGUGCAGCGUCUUACUGCUAUGGCCGCCAUAUUCAUUCCCGUGACGUUUGCUACCGGAAUCUUUGGAAUGAAUAUCAAAGAGUUCGAGCCGGCGCCCAGGUGGUGGUACCCGUUUACUGUAGCACUCGUCCUUGUAUUGGUCACUACCACAUUCCUAACCUACAAGGCUUGGAAGACUCUUCUGGUCGGUUUCUGGCAUGAUCAUGUCAUUCCACUUUGGCGGGGCCUGAGGAGAGGCCAGCAAUGGUGA